AUGUCUCGUCCAUACUCGUCGGCGGGGAGCAACAGCCAUCCGCCAUACAUGGAUCCACGAUACCAGUAUCCAGAGACGCCGACGACAGCGAGCACAUGGACUUCAGAUGCCCAAUGGGCCUAUGGGCCAGGCAGUCGGCCCUAUACGGGUGCUGGCGAGGACCUCUAUGAGGAGGAUGAGAGCGAGGAUGAAGAUGUGUUUGCUUAUCUGCCCCCUACUACCGCUGAGCAGCAAGCCGCCCAACAACAGCAACAGCAGCAGCAGCAGCAAAUGCAUAUUCAGCCCGCAACUGCACCCCUCGCCAGUGUACAGCCGGUGACGUAUCCAAACAGCCGACCAGCUCUCUCUUCCCCCACACCGGUUCUCCCGCCUACUACUCCAGUCCACCCAUCCGCUGCCCGACACAUCGACACUCCAGACUCUCUCGUCCCUCCCGAAUCAUUCCGCAUGCGCACUCUCAAAGAGCGUGUGCCGAGACAGAACAAGACCCCGGAAGUACACGUAUCGCUCGAAGACCCCGAUCCGGAACUUGGCAGAUUAAGACCAAAGCGGAGUAUAUCCAGCGACCAUGUCAUGGAGGAGCUCCUGGCCCCAGCGAACUCCACGAUCACAAGUUCGCCAAGACAGGUGACGGAGCAACACUCACUUGAGGAAGAAGACGACUCGCCGUACCCCGAGGUUCGGGCUAGUGUAUCCAAUAUCGACGACCCGGAGAUGCCUGCUCUUACCUUCCGUGUUUGGGCCAUGGGUUUAUUCUUGUGCAUGCUCGCAGCCAGCGCCAACACCUUUUUCAACUUUCGCUAUCCGGCCCUUCGCUGGCUCCCUUGUCAUGCUGUUCCGCGUUGGUUGGGAGGUGGAACAUUUUCUUUCAAUCCUGGGCCGUUCAAUAUCAAGGAACACGUCUUGUUGUACAUCAUGAGCAACGUAGCCACCGCACCCGGGUAUGCAAUGAACGUCAUUAUCGCUGCCGAAGAAUUUUACAAUAUCAGGCUCGGAGUUGGUUGGAGCAUCUGCCUAAUGAUUGCGACCCAAUUAACCGGCUUUGGUCUCGCCGGAAUGUGCCGUCGGUACCUGGUUCAACCCGCAUCGAUGAUCUGGCCACAAAACCUCGUCGUGUGCACCCUCCUCAACACUCUUCACGCCGAAGACGACGAGCCUGCGCGGGCGGAAUCACCGAUUCAAGUUCUUCCUCUAUGUGUCCGCCGGCGCGUUUUUGGCAGUUUUUGCCGGGUUUUUGUUCACGGCCUUGUCGGCGUUUUCGUGGAUAUGUUGGUUCCGUCCGACAUACAUCGGUUCGCCGUUGAUGGUUCCUGGUGGGCCGAGGUGCACGUCAUGCUCGGUUUCAUCAUUUUCUACUGGAUCCUGGCUCCUAUCAUGUACUACAAAAAUGUCUGGAACUUUGCUUACCUCCCCAUGUCUACCGGCGGGCCAUACGACCGCUUUGGGAAAUCCUACGACAUCCUCCGUGUCAUCGACAUUGAACACCACUCGCUCAACGUAACGGCCUAUGAAGAAUACUCCAGGCUCUACCUCCCAGCAACAUACGCCAUCACCUACCUCCUCGCAUUCUCCAUCUCCACCGCCGUCCUCGUCCACACCAUCCUCUACCACGGCCCAACUCUGCUGGCGGGUAUCAAAAACCUGCGCAUUGAAGAAGACGACGUGCACGCCCGACUGAUGCGUCACUACCCCGAAGUCCCGGACUGGUGGUACCUCCUCUCGCUCGCGAUCUUUUUCGCCCUCGCCAUGAUCUCGGCGCUGGUGUGGCCGACGGGUAUGCCCUGGUGGGGGAUGCCGUUUUCCUUGUUGCUUCCGACGGUGUACAUCGUGCCUAUUGCAUACGUGUAUGCGAUGACGGGUCAGCCGUUGAACAUUAAUUUGCUGGCCGAGGUUAUUCCUGGGAGCUUGAUCCCCGGGAAGCCGUUGCCGAACAUGAUAUUCAAGUCUUACGCGGUCCAGUCUCUCGCAGAGGCACUCACGUUUGUGCAGGACCUCAAGCUGGGGCAUUAUAUCAAGGUUUCCCCGAGGGCGACGUUUAUGGUCCAGAUGGUCUCGACGCUCAUGUCGGCGUUUGUCCAAGUGGGAGUAAAAGAAUGGAUGUUUCGUAAUGUGAAGGAUAUAUGCAAGGACACUCAGCCGCAAAAGUUGACGUGUCCGCAUAACCGCGUGUAUUUUACCGCGUCGGCUGUUUGGGGUCUCAUCGGUCCGACACGUACAUUCGGCCAAGGCGCGACGUACCAUCCUCAGCUUUCCCCAGUCUCGACUUCGAUACGUAACAUGCCCGUCUUGCUCAACGGGCCAAUGUGGAUACCUCCCGCGACGGGUAUCAACUAUUCCAGUUGGUUUGUCAUUGGGUUUUUGUUCCAGUAUGUUGUGCGCAGGCGUAACUUUAGGUGGUGGUCCAAGUUUAACUAUGCGCUUAGCGCCGCGCUCGAUUCGGCACCAUCGUUUCGGUUCUUUUUAUUUUCUUUUGUAUACAAUUCCCGUUGGGACAAGGGCUCGAUCGAUUGGUGGGGGAACACGGUGCAUAUGAACACUGCCGACUAUAUGAAACUACCAUACUUGAAGGCCCCGCCGAAGGAUUCUCAUAGUACCUCCCCACAAAACUCCCCACAUCCCUAG